AUGCUGUCACUCCUCGUCAUUAUCUUUACUGACCACACAUUCGGUUGCCUUUCCACUGUACCAUCACCUGAAACUUUCGCCACCCCUAUUGGCUCUUUGUACAAUACUUUCGCGGCGCAAGCACAGGCAGCAGGACUACCCCAGCCAGCUGCAUUUGCCCAAGCAGCAGGAUUGCCGCAACCAGCUGAGCUUGCUCAAGUAGCAGGCUUUCCGCAGUUAGCUGAGCUUAUCCAGCCCUCCGCUUUACCCCCUAACUCACAGCCUGUUUUACCUACCUUUAAUCAAGCGCAAACUUCGGUGUUGACGAACCCUAACGCUCUCCCGAAUAUGGCACCAGCAGUCCAGGCGAAUGCUCAGUCGCAAGUGGCGCCCUCUACCCAAAAUACAGAGGCGCAACCACAGGUCAACAAUAACCCUAACCCUAAUAACCCUGCUUCACAACAGCAAAGACAACCACAGCAACGACGAAGAGGAAGAAAAGGUCGCAAGAAGCCGAAGAGAAAUGAAGAUGACGAGGAUGAAUAUUAUUAUUAUUACGACGCCCCUCAGGGACAGGGAGAAGGAGACACUGAUUUGCUUUACGACUACUACGAUGGAUCGCAAGUAAAUAAUCAGCCACAGCAAUCACAAGGACAAGAACUCCAAGCAAAUCAACAACAACAGGAAGCACUGCAGUUAGAUGGUCAACAGUCUCAAGGAAACCAACAGCUACAACAGUUAGAAACACAGCAAACACAGUCGCAAAACAAUCGCUUACCUGAAAGAAAUCGGCAUGUGUGUAUCAGCCCUCGAGACAAUGAGGUGAGAUUUCCAUUAUGGACUCAAAAGCAAUGCCAAUCAACUCAACCUCUGCUAAUUCACUUUAUUUGAUA